UUCUCCCCCAUGGCCCUCGCGUGUGCAUCUCAUCAUGUGCGCCGCCUCCUCCUCCACCCCGGGGCCGGAGCUCCGGCGAGGUCCUUCUGCGCCCAGCCCUACCAAGCCAAGGUAGGCGUGGUGGAGUUCCUGAACGGGGUCGGCAAGGGGGUGGAGACGCACGCGGAGAAGCUGGAGGAGGCAGUCGACGGCGAGCCCCAGAGUGUGCCCGAGACCCGCCCGGUACGGCGCAAGAAGUUCGGUGGCCCCUGCAAGCUUAGAAAGUUGAUUUUGAGCUUUCCUCACAAGUACCGUCUUGGUCUUUCGAAACACCCAGCAGAAGCCUGGAAAGAGCAAUGAAGUUGGCAUCUCCACUUUGAAAGCCGUUGUCUGAUAGUUGUGCUGCAAUUUUGAGAAUGUUAUCUGAUAACCCAACCAAUAAGUGGCGCUCUUGAUCUCGCAGUAUUAAUCCUUAUUAGAUUUGGGAUUCCGAAAUUUGUCUGCAGUUUUUCUCUGUUACAGAAAGCAUCACAACACUAUUAUUCUAAAGUGAUUUUGGCUCACA